UUAUGGCUAGCUGUGGAAGCAGGCCGCGAGGUUCAAAACUUUCAAGUUCUGCCAAAGAAAAAGAGGACCAAAUGAAUAAGCACAAAAGGCAGUAUAAUGUCCUUCCAAAGAUUUUUAACCGCGAGAUGUAUGGCAGUUUACACAAGCACCAUCGUAGCUAUCCCAUGAAAAUCUUCAAUAAGAUUCCAGGACGUUUAGGUUUUCAGUUAUCUACACUAGUAGACCGUACAGUAUUACAGGAUGGCCAUGUGUUCCUGGGCUUUACCAAAGAUGGGCAGUAUGUUUUAUCUUAUACAGUAACAGUAGAGGCUGAUGAGCAUUCGGCAUAUCCAAUAUAUGUUUACAGGCUACAGUGGUGGCUCUUUCUGCCACACAAACCAAUGACCAAGGUGUCUGAAGUUAGACUGUUUGGUGAAGAAGAAAUUCAGCAAGACUUGUACAUAGCAGUAUGUCAGUGGUCCACAGAUUCCAGGAAGAUACUGGUCUAUGGAUACUGUGUACCCGAUGAUGAUGAAGAAAAAAGGCAGUGUUAUAUUACAAUCACUGCAGCACCACCUUCAGUGCCUUGUCAACAGUGUUUGCAGCUGAUGGAGAACAUGAGUGAAUCUCUGGAAGACGAAAGAGGAAUACCCAAGAGAUGUCUGGUGCAUGGAUUUGCUGUUCACACCAAGUACGAACUUGCACCUCCAUAUCCUGCCUUUGCACCAAAGACUGUGUUAAAGAUAGACGGUGUGGUAAUACUCAAUACUGGAGAUUCUCUCAUUGCAUUGAGUACAGAAUUGACAAACCAACAGCAGAGGUCAAUUCAGACUUUGUUUUCUCCAAAGCCACUAGGUGCCACUUCUGAUCAGGAUGAGCCCAUGUUUGGCACUCAGAUCUCUUCCGACUCAGAAAGACCAGAUACUGAUGCAGUAUAUUUUGAUGCUCAGGUUCAAAGUCCAGUUGGGAUGUAUAUAGACUGCUCAACAGACAUGCGCAUGAAUGUGCAGAGAAAAUGUGUCAGACAGUUGAAAAUUCCACUCAGUCCAGCACAGAACAGUCACAAUUGGAGUAAUCCAAAUUCCCCUAGGGCUGGGUCCAGCCAGGUGCCACAGAGCCCAGGGAAGUUGCUCAUGAGUCCAAUUUCACCAGUGUCUCCAAAAUCUCAGGGAAGAUAUGUUAUGUCACAUUCUCCAUGUGGUGGAAACGGGGGACACAAUGCAGAGUGCCUGUCUUACCACCCAGACAAGGAAAAUGAUGGAAACUUCACGUGUUCUUGUCCAGCAACUAACACUAGUGCUGUUCUGUGUGGGAGUGCCAAAGAUGACAGUGAUUUGUAUGUAUUCCAGCCAGAUGUUGGUGUAGAAGAACAGAGGAGGCCUCACCGUGUGGUUGCUGAACCUAGCUAUUUCUCCCCUGAGAGAGAUGAUCCCAUGGAGGAUGGGCUUCAACCAGAGAGCAAUAUCCAGUUUCAGUCUGCUCAAAUCUCAGGCACAUCUGAGCUUCCAAGCCCUCCUAUUCGCAUGGUUGGAAGUCCAGGGAGGGCUCUUCCCUCAAGGCUUCUCUGUGAUAACCCACCUAGUCAUUAUUAUGGUGCUGAAAGAAGCAUCCCUGCCUCCCCUGGGGUAGGGUACAGCAGUGAAACCAGUUCUGUAGCCAGUAGUCCUGGUCCUAUAGUGUUACAGAAUGACAGUCAGUGCUUUACCUACUCAAUACGUAGGUAUGUGGAAAGUAUGGAAAGAGGGGAAGGCCAAGAAGCUGAAGAUGAAUCUGUAUAUAACAACAUGCUUCCACUGGAAGUCCAUGGGGGAGGUUACCAACAUAUGAAGAUGAUCAACAAUAAGAAUGAGGAGUACAAGCCUGGUCUUAUAGUAAAGCAGUUGAGUUUAGAUGUGGAGCAUUACAUAGCAGACACCAUCAAACACCAUGCUGAGUGGGGCCAGAGAUAUAUUGCCUUCACAGAUUAUGAUAUGCAAAUAUUGGAGGUUUGUCCUACUACAUGCAGUGUAGUUGUGAUGGUGCUAGCUCUGAUUCAAGCAAGGACUCCAAAAUCCACUAGUUCCUCAAGGCAAAUGGGAAAAUACAUUCCAAGGCUUUAUCAGACGGGCUUCAAGUUUGUAUGGAAUUUGCAAACAGGUUCCUACAACACUGUGUGUAUUGAUGACUUAGAGGAUAUAGACCAAACACAGCUGUACAGGAGAGCUUGGAACCCAGGCCACGAGUCGAGUAUGAGGAUCCAGAGACAAUUCUUGGUGCCACAGUGCUACAGUAGGAGUGUCCAUGUCAUGACAAAUGAGGCAGUCUUCAAAGGUCAAUCUUUGAAGAUGCUGUUGGACCCACAGAACUAUGUUGCAAUUCUAUUAGGAACUCGUCCUUGAACAGUUUGAUCUGUUUGCACUCUUUUCUUUUUUUUGUUUUGACUACCACUGGUUAUAUACAGACACUGUAUUUGAACAGAAACACUGACCACUGGUGUUAAGACAAGUUAACAAUUUAUGCCAAAAGUUCAGCUUGUUGGAACAUUGAUAUAUUGCAUGAACCUUAUUCCUAUUACAGCUGGACUAGAUUUAUAAAUACUACUUAGAGUCACUUUUGCAGAUUCAAUUUCAUGAAAUAAUCAGAUCUUGAAUUAUUAACUUUGAAAUCAUUCAUUUCUGCAGUUAGAACAGUUCCUGAUUCUGAUAAAAUAAUUUGAGGAUAUAGCUGGUCAUAUAUGAACAGCAAUUUUUUUCAGAUUGUCUCAAAUACAUCUUGUAUGUGUUGCUACAGGGCAUGAGCAGUUUAUUUCAGAAUUGUCCUCAGAAAACACCAGUGAUGUAACCAAAAGGAUAAAAAAAAACUUUUUUUGAGAAAAAGUGUGAAUUUAGCCUUCUGCAUAUCAGAAAGUUAUGUCUUAUUUUUUCAUUUAUGUUUCCUACACUAUUAUUUUAAUUAGGCUUAAUUUUGUUCCUUUUCCAAAUCUAGUUUUAAAAGUUCCAGCAGUAAUUACAAGUUUUUUAUUUGUUAUAGAUGUAGAUUUAACAUUUUCAAGCAGUGUAGUUCGGAGGAUAUAAAACUAGCAACAACAAUCACAAUCAGCUAUUGUAAGUGGAAAUAUAACAAUUGACUUAAGGAUAAAGAAAGUGUUGGGGUAGAUGUUAGUUUUUCAUAUGACAGUGUUGAUAUUAAGUUUAUUAAAAUUUAAUCAAAUCAAA